AUGCCCGUCUCUCGCAUCGCUGGCCGCUGCGUCGCCGUGCAGCGGCGAUUCAUGGGGCUGUCCGCGCUGUCUCCCUCCAACAGCAACUCAACGCUCGCCCACACCGCCCGAUUCACGGGCACCGCCGAGGCGGAUCGAGAUCAAGCUUCCUCAAUCUUGCCGAAUGACGUGUGUGCGGACACAUCCUUCGAGGGGUGCCGGGGGCGGGACAGCAGCGGCGGCAACGGCAGAGGCAACCGUUGCAACGGUAUCCCAAAGCGAGGCGAAGAGACUGCGACUGGGCUGGAACGUCCUCAAGGGUGCUCCAAGGUGCAUGUCUUCUCCAGGCCAGCACAGCAACUCAACGCCGCGCAACUGGCCCACUUUACUCAUUUGAGAAGGCUGCUACGGCGUCUGUCCAGUCUUCGGCAAGCAUCAAGCAAUGCCGUGGAGGCAGCCUCCAGGGCUGCUGCAGCGCACCACCUGCUCUCCCGAGAAGGGGAAAGUGGUUCACAGUCGCCUCAAACUCGGACCUCGACGGCGCCAGUGGACUCGCCUCAUAGCGAGCUGUUCGUCGUUAGUCGCGUGGUCGCUUCUCCCCACCACCAUGUGCCUUCUGCAGAGAGGGGCGCCGCCGCCUGCGGGGACGAAGUCUUCACAGGGGUUAACCAUGCGUUUCACAAGCGCGUCAACCCCACAGGGGCGACGCUGCGUGGAAUCUUGAAGGGCUGUGCAGAGCAGAACGCGCUGGGCGCUGCGGCCGCCAGCGGCUGUAUCUACGCCGACGUGGCAGACGUGUUUCUCCUGGCUGCUCGCUGUUCUCCAAUGACGUCCUACCACGCACUGGAGUCGGGCCAAAAGACUGCUACGCCGGCAUCAGCCACAUGCAGCUCUUGUGCAACGGCCUGUAGCGAUGCCGGCCCGGCUGCGGCGCAGGCCGUCGCCAUUUUUCCCUGCCCGGAGUGCUGGCGUCAUUUGUGCCACGUGGCGCGUGCGCGUCUUCAAGAAGAGCGCACGCCUCUGCGCUUGUUCGUCUACGCUGCCUCACCGGCUGUCACGGUGCACCUCUUCGCUGUAGCGCAGCAGCGCAUAAAGCUGAUGGAGGCUCCUGUGGACGUCUGCAUUGUGUCAGGCUAG